AUGCAGCACGCAAAAAUUCCAAAAGUUAUUAUUAUCGGUGCAGGUCCAGGAGGACUUGCUCUUUAUCAUGCGUUGAUAAAGAACAAAGAUAAAAAAGAAUUCGAUGUAAAAAUCUUCGAAAGGGAUUCUAGUCCAAAAGGUAGAAAGAUGGCAAGGAUAUCAUAUAGCGUUGAACUAUCUCGGAACUCGAUCGCUUUUGAAUUGUGUACCAUCUUCGAUCACUUCAAUCCUUCAAAAAGCGAUGCCAAAUCCAAUUCCCAACACUUUAACGAACUUGUAAAAGUUCCAGAUGAACUUUCCGUGAUGAUUACUUAUCGUGAUAGACUUAGAGAUGUAUUAUUAGAAGGUGUACCUGUUACCUGGGGGAAAAAAUGCAUUAGAUACGAAGAAACUAAAGAUGGUGUUUGUGUAAUGUUUGAUGAUGGUUCGCAAGAUUUUUGUGAUAUCUUAGUUGGCGCAGAUGGAAUUAAUUCUCCAGUUCGAAAACUGAGACUACCCAAAUUACAAAUUUUCGAUUUUGAAAUAACAAAUGUCGUAGCAAAUGUUGCUGCACCUAAGAAUCUUAUGGACAGGUUCAUAAAGUUACAAGGAAAUAGUUUAUUCCAAAAGUCUCUCGGUUUACAUGGUGAUUCGUCAACGCUUCUUUUUCGUCUAAUUCCAAUCGAGCAAGAGCCAGGUUACGAGAAUAAAAGUAAUUCUAAUGAGCCUCAUUACAGAGUAACCUUGAAUUAUUCGUAUCCCACAAAAUUAGACUUUGAAUCCGAUAAAAUCAAAGUUGAUGAUAAUGAUUCAGCAUCAGUCAUUGAACAUGUCAAGCAGAUGAUUCGAAAUUUUGGAUCCGGAUGCGAAUUUGAUGAUAUUGUAUUAGAAUUUUGGGACUUGGUUCCUAAAUCAACUCCAAAUGAUCCAGAAAAAUUUCAAUUUAAAACUUAUAAUCCGACUCGACGAAGACAAUAUCAAGAAUAUGAAAAAGAAAUGCGAAAAAGAUCAACCGUCAACGUGUUAAAAUCUAGAUCUACGGCAUUUCAAUUGUCUACUCCAGUUGGUCCUAUUGGAGCCUUUAUUAGAAAUUGUAGUUUUAAGGUUACAAAUUUCAUUAUGAACUUUUUUAGUAUUUUUAGAAAGUAA